CUGCAUCAGGGAGAGGGGCUGUUCGCCUCGGAGCGGGGCUGGGCACCGAGCUCCCACGCAACAGCCGCCCCGCCGCCAGCCCGGGCUGCUCUAUCCCUAGGGUCGCCCCGGCUUAAACUUUCCGCCGAGGAGCGAUUUACCGCCACCCGAGGGAUCAAACCUGCCCGGCCCCGCAGCGGGCGCAGCGUACCCCGAGGUCACCUGCGCACAGGGCCCGCCCUGCGGGGUUUUCUCCGCGCUCCUUCAUCCAGCAGCGCUGUCCCCCACCUCCCGACACCUCCCCGAGCGCUUCUCCGGGCGCGCUGUCGCUCCGCGGCCCCUCUGCUGCCCGCGGGGCGGAGCGGGCUCCGGGCGCGGCUCCCGGCGGGGCCCCGCUCGCUGCUUCCCGGGAGCGGAGCGCUGCCUCCGCCCGCCGCCCGGUUCCCUUCUAUGAGCAGAUCAUUAGCAUCCCUUGCCGGCUUUCCUUCUUCUUCUUUUUUUUUUUUUUUUUCCCCCUUUCUUUUUAUAUGAAUAGAUCACCAAGCUGGCCACGUCGACCUGGCGGUCAUACGGCUCAGGGGAGAGGAACUGAGACUGUCACAGGAGCUCAGAGGAAGCCCCGGGGAAGGCCGGGCGGGCAUCAGACCGCGGGGAGAGCGGCUCCGGGUGUCAAACGCGAGCCUCGAGCCUCUAUUUUUCUGUUGUUUUGAGCCGGUGGAUCAAUUGUCAUCAGUCCUGUCACCUAAGAAGCAAUGAUUCCGAUUCAACUUGGCAUCUGAUUUUAUUCUAAUGGGUUAAAUUGGGUUCACUUUUUCAAUUAUCCCAGGUUUGACUGCGUAGUAUUGCAUGACAACUCACAAAUUCAUCGGGUUUGGCAAAGCGAGCUUGCUCCGCGAGUACGUAUAUCAUAUCACAUCAGAUCAGGCUGAAGUUUGCUGUUUAGCGACUCCAUUCGCGAGUCGCUUGUAGUAGAAGUGGGAAGGGUUGCUGCAAUCCGCGGCUGGUUCGGCACGAUUCGGGACAAAAAUAAAAGAAAAAGGAAAAUGCGGCGAGAUGGCAACAACACGGGGUUCGCCGCUCAGCUGUGAAUAAGCACAGAACGAACCAAGCGACACGAUGGGGAACCGCUCCGCUCGCCGCAAUAUUUUUAGCAGCCUCUCAGCCCUCGCCUUUUUUUAAUUUCCUAAUAUGCUCUUUGCUUUAUUAGUUUUAUUUACAACCGGCUCCCAUUAACACCUCACCUGAUUACUGAGGAGCUGAGACAGCUAAGCAGAAAAACCCAGCAAAGCGGCCAAAGCUGAGGAGGGAUCCUCCGCCAGGAACAAGGACCCACCUCCAUCUCUCGGCUGAGCACCGCGCCUCUCCCCACCCAGACCCCAGCCCUCGCCGCUCAUAAAGGAGGGCACAGUUUGGGAAGAAGCUCCUAAGGUCGCAAGCCAUGCUUUUCCACGGGAUCUCCGGAGGCCACAUCCAAGGAAUCAUGGAGGAGAUGGAGAGGAGAUCCAAGACCGAGUCCCGCCUGGCCAAAGGGGGACAGAUGAACGGCCGAGAAACGAACAUGCCCCCCAUGAGCCCCGAGAAGCCUGCUUUGUGCGCUGGGUGCGGAGGGAAGAUCUCAGACAGAUAUUACCUGCUGGCUGUUGACAAACAGUGGCACAUGCGCUGCCUGAAGUGCUGUGAAUGUAAACUCAACCUGGAGUCCGAGCUCACCUGCUUUGCCAAGGACGGCAGUAUUUACUGCAAGGAGGAUUACUACAGAAGGUUCUCCGUGCAGAGAUGUGCCCGCUGCCACCUUGGGAUCUCAGCCUCUGAAAUGGUCAUGAGAGCCAGGGAGUCGGUUUAUCACUUGAGCUGCUUCACCUGCACCACCUGCAACAAGACUCUGACCACCGGCGACCACUUCGGCAUGAAGGACAAUCUGGUGUAUUGCAGGGCCCACUUCGAGUCUCUUUUGCAAGGAGAAUACCCGCCUCAGCUGAGCUACACCGAGUUGGCAGCCAAGAGCGGAGGGCUGGCCCUGCCCUACUUCAACGGCACGGGCACCGUGCAGAAGGGGAGGCCCAGGAAACGAAAAAGUCCUGCCCUGGGAGUGGACAUCGUCAACUACAACUCAGGUUGUAAUGAGAACGAGGCAGAUCACAUGGACAGAGACCAGCAGCCUUAUCCCCCAUCCCAGAAGACAAAGCGCAUGCGCACCUCCUUCAAACACCACCAGCUUCGUACCAUGAAGUCCUACUUUGCUAUCAACCACAACCCAGAUGCCAAGGACCUCAAGCAGCUUGCCCAGAAAACAGGCCUGACCAAGAGAGUUCUGCAGGUUUGGUUUCAAAACGCAAGAGCCAAAUUCAGAAGGAACCUUUUGCGGCAGGAGAAUGGGGGUGUCGAUAAAGCGGACGGCACCUCACUUCCGGCACCGCCCUCCGCAGACAGCGGCGCUCUCACUCCACCCGGCACUGCGACCACUUUAACAGACCUGACCAAUCCCACUAUCACUGUAGUGACAUCAGUGACCUCUAACUUGGACAGCCACGAACCCGGGAGCCCCUCACAAACUACCUUAACGAACCUUUUCUAACAUUGCCGUUUUUUUGGUUUUUUUUUUUGGUUUUUUUGUUUUUUUAAUUCUUACUCUUCUUUAUUAUUAUAAUUAUUAUAAUUAUUAUUAUUAUUUUGAUUAUUUUCAAGCCUUUUUUUUUUUUUUAAACAAAAAACAAACCCACAAAAUAUUUGGGAAAAUAAACAGCUUGAUGUGUAGCAUCUGCAGCCACUUGGCAAAUGAGUUUGAAGUAAUAUGUUGCUAUAAUAAACGAACAUUUAUUGUUGAUAAAUUGUACUCAAAUUUUUUUAAUUCAUCAGACAACUGAAGUUCUGAAUCAUUCUAAUAAGUGCCUCUUAAAAUUGUAUGUUACUUAUUUCCACAAUCUUGAAAAAAAACCACGAAUACCACUACUACUACAAAGCCCAGAAGUUUCUUUUCCCUCCCUGAUAACCAGAUAAAAGUCAGUAUAAUUAUAGACAAAAGAAUGCUGCUUUCACGAUUGUAUGUUCACUUCCAGAACCCAAGAUUUCCUUUUAUUUUUAUAACACAUCUAAAAGUUUUGUACGAUUUAUUUUUUAAAUGUAGACAAAUAAAUACAACAUGGAUUAAAUGGUUGACGUAGUCAGACUGCCAGUCCCAGUGCUUCUUUGUAACGCGUUAGUGCCAAGGCCAACCCCACCCCCAUGGGCACUCUGGGAGCCCCGCGGGGCUGAGUGCUGCCUCACAGCCCUGUACCCAGCCCACACCGAGGGCUGCACCUGGUGGGGGCCUGGAGUGGGGCCCAUGGAGCACAGCCGAGGCUGUGGGUCCCUGAGCUCAUCUCUGCAAGUUACAGAGGGCAAGGGUGGGAAACGCUCUCCAGAAUGAGCUCGCUGCUGUAAGGGUAUGUUAGAGCAGAGCAACAGCUCCAGGUGGGAGUCCCUCUGAUCUGACACAUUGCGCAGGGAGGGAUUUUCAUUCUGCUCUGCAGUCAAACAGCACAGAUUCAGAAUUAAACAAAAAAAAAACCAAACAAAUGAGGGCAGUUUGCUACUCGGCCUCCAUGCCGUACUACUAAAGCAAACGAGGUCAUCCAGCUACUUUAGUGAGCACAAAAGUGAUUUCCAACGUUGCACAAGCAUGUGCGCUGUUAAGAGAAGCUUUUGAUAAAUCACAGUUUUUCAGGGAAAUGGAAAUAAGCAAAAUAUAAUUUGUUAAGAUGUUUAAGGAACAUGAUCUUAGUACCAUUUAUUCAUUGCUAUUUUGAAUUUACUGUAGCUGUUUCCUGAGAUUGUAUCGGACUCUUUGUUUAACACACAACAUCUUUAGUUCCUUGCUAUCUUUAACAUACUCUUUACUUUUUUUUUUUUUUUUUUAACCUUUGUAUAAGAGGAGAAAAUGUUAGCAAAAAUUCUUGAAAAUUGGGAAUUGGCAGCGGAUAAUUUUAAAGCAGAUAAACUCAGAAGCCUUGUGGAUGCUGAUCUCAAUACAUUUCUUAGUUUACAAUAGCAAACUUUUUUUUUUUUUUUUUUUUUUUUUAAUUUUAUUUAAGCUAAAAGUCUGAAUGGUCUGGGCAGUGGUGAAUGUUCAUUUGUAUCCUUUUAUUGUAGUUGAACAUCAAUUAGAUUGUGGAGAGUCUCAGAAACAAAACCGAACAAAAACCAGUCAAGAUCUAUGUCUUGCUCUUAGUGGAUUGUUAAGAAUAACUUUGCACAUAUACCCCACUUUUUAGACACCAUCAAAUAUCUUUUUUUUGGUGGUCAAAGUGGCUAUUUAAUAUAUUUUAAAGGUGUCCUUUUUGGCUGUAUAAAUGUGUGGUUACAUAUUGACAGUUCACUGCCCACAUUAAAGUGCAUUAUUGUAAUUUUUGCUCAGGGUUUUUAGAAAAUUAGCACAGAAAAGUAGCUUAUUUUUAAAAAAAAAAAAGAUGAUGGAAGAGAUGUUAACACUGUAAUAGAAGAAAGGUGUGUUUGCCAUUAUAUAUUUAGCAAGUAUGGUUAUCAUCUUCUACGGAUAUUAAAUCUUGACUUUUCCUAUUUCUAUUAUCUUAUGGGCAUUUACCACUAACCAGACCAAACAACCUUGGUAAGGCUGAGAUCUUUAUUAAUACACUUUUACAGGUAAAAAUAUUGAUACUUAUAAAUUUUGUUCUUUGACAGAACAAUAUAUGGUACUAGAGAUCUACUUUAUUAAGUAGACUAAUUAAAACUCAGUUCUACUAUGUGCCUUAUGAUAUACCUUGGGAGUAAGUUUGUGAAAAAUCAGGAUAUAUGUGUUGUUUGUUAAAUUAACUGUUUUAAGCCCUUUUGACACCUCACUAGUUUUGUACUGUUUUACCUCUUAUUUCUGAAACUCUUUUUAUGGUGUAUCCUGUUAGAGGGGACAAACAUGUCAUAGAAAGCAGUUGUGCACUCUUUCAGAUAUAGUUGAUAAAUCCAAUAAUCUUAUAUAUUGAGCUUUGUGUUUAUAGUACAGUAAGUGGUCUAGCAAAAUUGUCCAUGUUUCUUUGUUUAUUGAUAAAUGCAUUGUAUAGAAACUAUUUCCCCUAAAUAUUUAUGGACCAAACAAUUGUGAUAUAUCCUAUUAAAUUUGUGUGAAUAAACCAUUUUGAAUCUAAGGAGUAUUAUUUCCCAUCAGUUUUUAUUAUUAUUUUUCAAUUUAAACCUACGUGUUCCGGAGUGUCUCUUUGCUUUUACGGUACCUGCGAACAAUUGGUAUUAAACAUGGAAACACGGCCUUUAAAAUAUUCUAAAAUACGGCUCCUUCUUAGGUUUUCAAUUUCUUCCUAUUCAAUAUAUGUGCUACUGCUGGUGCGAUUUAGAUGUUAGCCUCUUAGCCCCCUUUUUGAACGUGACAAGUAAUGCCCCACUGAUUUGAUAUGGAAACCCCAUUUUAGGCUUCU